GGUCCCAUACCUGUACCUUGAAUUCUCGAGUUUACAUUCAAACGCUCAUAAAUCACCCCCUUAUUGUUAUGGUGGACUAGAGACCUUGCUCCUCUUUGCAGUUAUUUAGAAUGGCGGUGGGUGAAAGCUAUGUUUUUAUUGCUAGGCUAAAGUCACAUAGGCAGGUAGGCAGCCCAGCAUGGUCCUGUAUGAUGGAACCAGCCUUGAUUGGCUUAUCUUUACACUAUGGCCAUAAUCAGUGAUAUUUCAAGUAAUAAGAAUCUACAUGGUAGGCCCAUGCCCCAUAGGAAAGAAUGAAGCAAAUCCCUAUCAAGGUACAGUGAGCCGCUACUAGUCUCCUAUUAACAGAAACUUUCUCUAUGAAAAUGUAUAACCAUUUUUGAUUGGUACAUUAAUGUUGAGAAUUAGAGAUGCACCAAAUCCAGGAUUCCACCAGAUCCCCUGUGCCUAGUCAGGUGACUUUAAAGCAACUGAACUAUUGGAGGGGCACAUUCAUGCAAUUUUUGGAGAUUUUGCCCAAUUGUGAACAUGAAUAUUAGAGAUUUAGACAUUUUGGCAGUGAGACUAACGUUUGUUUCCCUCUCUCUCAUAGGUUCUUGGGUACUUCAAACACUCUCCCUCUGCGUUUUGUUUUUGACAAUAUCAAUCCCCAGGGGACAGUCUCUUGAGUGCAACCAUAUAUACAUGAGCCAACAUCACUGUAACAAGGAGGCCCUGAAGCACCUUGUAAACAUGCAAAAGAUGUUGCAUCCUAAUUGCAAAGACCAAUGGAAAAACUUUCGUUUCCCCAAGUUUCUGGACAAAAUGAAACAGGUUCCUAAGGUUAUUUUACUGGAAAUUGUCCACGAGUCCAGCAAACUUUUCAGCAGUCAAUUAGUUAUGUCUACAAAGGACAAACGUAUUACCAAAACAAUAUCUCAGCUACUGAUGGUGCUACAUAAAAGCUCCACAGACUGGGCUCAAUGUGUGGCGUCGUCGACGCAUAAAGUGCCGAAACUAAAAAAGAAAAUCCGACAAAUAAAGAAAUAUUUUGGCCGGAUGGAGGCAUACCUAAAGAAAAAGGGAUACAGUCACUGUGCUUUGGCUGCGGUUAUAAAUGAAGUGGAAAAUCUCAUGAAAUUUGUUGCCAGACACACAGACAUUCUGCUGAAGAAAGAUCUGUUCUGAAAUCAGUCCCAGUACCCCAGAGAGAAGCCGUACUGACACUAAACUACACACGACCAACGACUGACAUGAACUCGUUUUCAAAAUGUUUCUAAAAUAAUUAUCUGUAUUUGUAAUUUUUUAUUUAUGUAUUUUAUUAUUUAUGUAGACGAGCCAUAUUGUGCCAAAAAACUCAAACCUCAGAUGUAUAUUUAUAUAUUUAUGUAUUUUAUUA